AUGUCUCCACAUCAUGGUCGACUGCAAGAACGUUUACCAUCACUGCGAGUGGAGCAACUUGUGCUUGUAAGAAUUAUGGACAACAACUCACUUGUCGACGAUGCCACACUCGUCUCAGCCCUUGGUCUACGAGAAGCAACAAGCGCUGUAGUACCCCGCAACACCACCAUCUUAUAUCUUCGUAGUUGGACUAUCACUCCGGCAACAUUUCAGGGUAUUCUUGCUCGAUUGAGCGAGGACGACGAGGAAUUCUUAAAGACGGAUAUAUGGGCGGAGCUUGCAGCUCUUCAUCAGGAUCAACCAAUGUACUUUCGGUAUGUUGGUGUACAUACUACUGGAGAUCGACAUGAACGCUUAAGCAACACGCGGAUUUAUGAGAUCCAUCGCGGAACACGGUCUAGAGAAGCGUUGAAUGAGCGUAUCGCUAUUGGUUUCUCUGAAAUCGACAACCUUUUAAAUGUGCAAUAUGGUGGCUUUGACAAUGCUUAUGUGCCCGGCCCACCAGUCUUCCAUGAAUACUCUACCUUCGCGAUUACAUUUCACGAGGAUUUAAAAAUAUCAAAUAGCCGAUCUUUUCGUCGCAAUCUACUAGACUUCUGGGGCCAAUUGAUAGUUCAAGAAGUGCAACGGCUUGCAGCGAGCAACCGAAGAAUGAAGUUAGCGAAACUGUAUUCGUCGAGACAGACCUUCUUUGCUGAUUCGCGAGCAGGAAGGCUAACAAGGCAGAUCCUCGCACGACAAAAAGCGUGGAGUAGCGACAGUCGCGAUGCCGCUUUACAACAGCUCGCCCACCAUAUGAGCAUAAUACAACCACUUGUUACUGUCACUUUCUCUCGAGGAGUCACAUCUGUUGCUUUUGGGAAUUUUCUACACGACUGCGGCAUUCUGAAUCAACGAAACGACUCAUUUGUCGAUUAUGUCGGAAUACCUCGAUUAUGCCACAUGCUGAACGACGACUGGCUCACUAAUUCAGUUGCACUUUCAGACAAUCAGUUGACCACUGUGAUUCCGCAUAUUAAUCCUAGUUUUGAGGAACUCGGUGCGUUCCCAACAGAUUUAAAUACUCAACUGCUCGAUCUCACCUGGAUUAUCACGCUUGUUAUUAGCGGCCUCACCAUUAAAUACGCCACCAGGAUGAAGAGUUGCACCCGUGACCAAGUGAUUCAACGAUUAUGA